GUAGUUGGAGGCAAGGUAAAGAAACCAGGCAAGCGAGGUCGUAAACCAGCCAAAAUAGACUUGAAGGCAAAGCUUGAAAGAAGCCGUCAGAGCGCAAGAGAGUGCAGAGCCAGGAAGAAGCUGAGGUACCAGUACCUGGAAGAGCUAGUUUCAAGCAGAGAGCGAGCCAUCUGUGCUCUCAGAGAAGAGCUUGAAAUGUACAAGCAGUGGUGCAUGGCGAUGGACCAAGGGAAAAUCCCCUCUGAAAUAAAAGCCCUGCUAACUGGAGAGGAGCAAGGCAAAGCACAGCAGAACUCAACCAAACUUGCCAAGGCUGGGAAGAUAGAAGCAAACAGCAGCAAUCCCUGAGGACAGUGCCGACCCUUCCGCCCUGCAGCAGAGAGAUCGUGGUAGCUCACAGAAGAAAGCUGCUCUGAGAAGUGGAUGCAAACCCCAAUGCAGGGGAAGGAUCCCAGCCUGCUGUCUUCUCUUUGCUCCUCCCCACAUGAAACUCUUUGAUUAUGGUGUUCCUAAGCCUGUGUGGAGUGGGGCUUUUGGGGUAGUAGGUGUUUGUGUAAGUGAAGCCUUGUUUCUUCCUUUCAUGACACCACCCUC